GGCAUUGCCUCGACCCAUAACUACUACUACGUGAACGUGAAUUUGGUUCGCAUCGAGCACAAAGCUUAUCUGAAAGAAAUGUAAUUUUGUUUUUUAUUCAUGAAAGUGUAACUCAUCGUUACGGACAAAAUCCAGAUAAAAGUUUUGCCAAGGUUUGUUCAACACGAAAAGAUGGAAGUUGGGGGAGUACUUGUGUACGAAGGCUCAAACUUCUUCAGGCAGCGGCUAACGUUGGCCACCUUGAGCGGUAAAACUGUCAAAAUCAAGAAUAUUAGAACUAGGGGAGAAGAACCAGGCCUCAAUGAAUAUGAAGCAAAUUUCAUACGCCUUUUGGACAAAAUAUGUAAUGGUAGUCAUAUUGAGGUAAAUGAGACUGGAACGUCUGUCCUUUACAAGCCUGGUGUAUUAUUGGGAGGACGCAUAGAGCAUACUUGUUCAAACAAACGUGGAAUUGGAUAUUAUCUUGAACCAGUUUUCAUGUUGGCUCCCUUUUGCAAGACUCCAGUUAACAUAACCUUAACAGGGGUCACAAACAACAAGAUGGACCCAUCUGUAGAUAUGCUCCGUUCGUCAUUAUUACCAGUGGUGAAAAAUUUCUUGGUUGUUGAUGAAGGGCUGAGUUUAAAGAUGGUUCGUAGAGGUUUACCCCCAUUAGGAGAGGGUGUUGUCAACUUAACAUGUCCUGUGAGAAGAACUCUGAAAUCUUUCCAGUGGGUCGAAAGUGGGAAAAUAAAGCGUAUUCGUGGAGUUGCAUAUUCAAGUCGAGUAGCACCCAUUGUGGCAAAUCGUAUGCUUGAUGAAGCAAAGAAGGUGUUUUCAAAUUACCUCACUGAUGUUUAUUUUUAUGUUGACAAUUGCAAGGGGAAAUCACCUGGAUUUGGUUUGUGUGUUGUUGCCGAGACAAACAAAGGGAGCUUUAUGAGUGCAGAAUCCAUGUCAGGAUCUCCCAAUGAAGAUAAGGAUGUCAAACUUCCAGAAGAUGUUGGCCAAGAAGCAGCAUGGAGACUUUUGGAAGAGAUAUACCGGGGAGGUUGUGUUGAUUCAACUUGCCAGCCUCUUGUUCUCUUAUAUAUGGUUCUAACAGCCAAAGAUGUUUCAAAAAUUGUUUUAGGGCCCCUGACUCCUCAUUCGAUGCAUUUCUUGCGACAUCUCCGUGACUUUUUCAAGGUAACAUUCAAAAUAGAACAGCAUGUUGAUAACUCUCUACGGAUCUCAGAUGACGAUGCAGCAGAAGAAUUAAAAAUUGGUUCAAAUAAGCUAUUGCUAACUUGUGUUGGAACUGGAUACACCAAUAUCAGUAAAGGACAGAUUUAAGAAAUUAAUGCAAUUGCUAUAAUUUGUGUAUAUUAUAAUAAAGUCAUAUUCUUAUAA